GGAGGGGGUCGGUUAGGGCCCCAGUACAACAACAACCACUACUACAGUCGACGCUGUUGCUGCAGCUGUUGCUGGGGGCGCUGACGGUGUGGAGGCUCCCCACUCUCUGUGUUGGCAGCAUUACUCUUAACCCGUAUUUUAAAUGGAACAAUGGAAGCGAGGUUCAGGAGAUACGACGAGGUUGUGCUCGAGAAGCUGCGCGUGAUUCACCUGGAUGAUGAGAAAGUUGUGGGAGUUUUGUAUACUGUGGCAGAGCUCAAGGAUUUAAGAGAUAAUCUUUUCCAUUAUAACUUCUGGUUUUCGACUCGCAAUGUCGAGAAACAUUAUGAAAAGAAGGACAGCAUUCACUGGGUUCUUCCCAAGCUUCAGGGUGCACCUCCCCAGGGUGUGUGCCUGAAUGACAACGCACCCUUUGUUAUAAACAAGGUAGUCAAUAAGGAUUGUCGUCGAGGAAGAGCUUAUUGGAAGAGGAAGAAUGAAAAGAUAAAUGAAGAGGUAAUAGACAACCCUGACCCAGCAGACCCACCAAAGAAGAAGAGGAAACCAUACCGUACCAUCAAGAGUGAUUGUCCUGCAAAGAUGAGCAUCAGAACAGUCAAGGCGUAUCCAGAUUUUGCAGUUGCAGCUGAAACAAGCAAAAAGAUUAAAGGUAAGUUUGCCAGAAUGUUAAAACAAGCCAUUUUAAAUGAUGAGGUGGAGGGAGAGGAGCGCUACGUUGUCACCAUCAGCCGAGCACACCACCAUCAAAACCACCAAAAUGAGAUGGCCGAGGAGAGAGUACUCCCAUUGCAUCCAGAUGUAGUGGAAUAUAUUACCAAAUUAGUGACUGAUGACAAUAUCACAUCUCCUAAAGUUAUCAAAUCAUUAGUGACUCAGUUUUCACGUGAAAAUUUCCGGCUUGGUGUCAUGUCAAAUGGAGAUAGAUGUUUUUUUCCUGUUCUUAAAGAUAUAAGAACUAUUUUAAGACGUAUUAUUUGUAAUGUGCAAUCGAGCAAGUUUAGUUCAGUCACACUGGAAGAUAAUGUGUUGACUCAGGCACAUGAGCCUGAACAGAAAUUUCUUGUUGGAAGUGAUUCAAGAAUUUUGGAUGAUAUUGUAGAUUAUAAUGUGGAUGAAAAACACUUUUUUGGUAUGUCGGGUGGUUAUCUUACCUUGCAUUUAAUCCAGGAGGCUUCUGAUGAUGGAAAUGUUGCAACACAUGUGAUUUCUGCUCAGGACAGUAUUAAACGUGAAUUAGAAAAUGUUACAGAAAUUCAGACAGUUCCUAACCUAUCUGAAGACACCGAUACAGUUAGCUCUGACCGUUUCAAACUGUUAACGGCACUCGAACAAACAGUGCAGCAGGUUACUGAGGUCACCAACCCACAGGCUCUAAGAGAGGCCUUGAGAUGCGUGAGGCAAGCGUCAAUAGUCUUGGAGUCAUCACUAAACAAACAAUAAACAUUUGAUGUUAUUCUUUUAAGAUAAAUUAUGAAACUUUAUUAAAUACCAUAUUUCAAGUGUAUUAAUUUCAAUGUUGGAUGUUGCAUCAAUGCUUAUAAAUAUUUGUUUUAUCUUUCAAAAGUUUAUAAUAUUUUGUAAAGACAAGUAAAAAUUUUGAGAUGUUAGUGCCAUGAACAACUAAAUAGAAGAUAUCUUGCAUUUACACUUGACAAAAUGUUACAUGGAACAUUCGAGCGUGUGUCUUGCUUUUCGACCGUCCCUCGCAGUCACUUGUCUCUCGAUAGACUUCUUGGUGAAUCGGAUACUUUUGAAUGUUCGUUCGCCUUAUGCGUUUCAGUCCUCGUAUCGGCAUCCUUGAGGAUAUUUAGCGCCCUCUGAUUAUUCCGCACAUUUGAUGGUGCUACAUAUCCUUCUCGGUUUGGUGCCUUCUUUUGAUAAUUACUUACUUACAUGGAACAUCUUGUGAAGUGUAAAAGGAAGAUUUUAUGAAGAACAAUGUCAAAAAAGGAACAUUUUGAAAUUGUUCACUAAUAGCUGUUACUGUAUGCAAUUAUCAGAAUGAGAAAUGUUUGCCAUUUAUAUGACAAGGUAGAGAGUAUACCUUUAAAAUAAAUGUACAUCUUCAGUGUUGGAUGAAAAAAAAGGAGUUUUUCAA